AUGUACUACCUCACCCGAUUAGCAUUCUCUGUUCGGAAUCCGGAUGAGAUGAGAUGCAGUCUGGAAUCCGUUCACCGAGCCUUCCUGGUUGUAGAAUCGAUAGCAAAUGGCUAUCCUUUCUUGAAGAGCCCACGAGAUCAUAAAUCCAAUCUACCAAACAACUUCUUAUCAGUUUGCUUAUCAGGCUCCUUUCUUUCUUCUGCGGCCUGCCAUUGUGGCCAUCGCUCUCAGACCUCAUCUUUUGCCCAACUUUCCCCCUCCAGGACGUGUGGGCCCCCUUGUGACUUGUGUUCGGUCUUCUGUCAACCAACCCCUUUCAAGUCAUCAGAUUCCGCUGGAAUCUGCUUCAAACCGCCCCAUCCGAAUCAGAACUCAUCUCUCUUCAACACCUCUGCAACUGAUCGCAUCGACCCCGGGAUCGAACGUCAUCAUCGGAGUAGGACCGGAUGGAUUCUCAAACGAAUGGAUGGAUACCGUCGCCACCAGGAUUGCCGGGUUCUCGCUGGGCCUCUACCGAGUGAAACGAUCAAGCAUCCGCUCAAGCAAUCUGAUUGA